AUGUCGAAUUCUAGUGUUAUUGAUGGUGAUUUGUAUUCUUCUCUGUGUGGUGAAUCUUCGAGUUCAGUAGAUGAUGCACAAUAUUGUGCUGAUAUAAUUGGAGAACAUGUCUAUAAGCCAAAUGUACAUGUUCAACUUAUUCCAUUUAAAGGUUUAAUCUUCAAAUCAUUAAAGUUGGCCAUCAAAAUGUAUUCUGAGUAUGCUGAAAUUGGUGGUUUUGAUGUGAGACUGAGCACAACUCCAAAUUAUAAAGCUUUUCAGUUUGAUGAAUUUCACAACCAUCCACUUGAGAAGAAAAGUGAUUUAAAAAAAGCGAGACAAAUGUCAUAUUCAGAAAAGGAGUUUAUAGUACAGGCUUCCACAUCAAAAAUAUGCCCAACUAUGGCUCAUAAGUUGAGGGAAAGUCUGAGAGUAAGCACAAUGAAUGACUGCCAAGCUCACUAUCCAAAUUACUCAUUUGAUUUUAACUGUCAAGAUGAUGUUUUGGACUGUAUGUUUUGGGCUGAUGAAAUGGAGAAGGCAUAUUAUGCUGAAUUUAGUGAUGUUAUCUCGUUUGAUGUGACUUUCAGAACAAACAAGUAUCGAAUGGUUUUUGUUCCAUUUACUGCUAUUGAACAUCAUAAAAAAUCAAUUACUGUUGGAGCGGGUUUGCUAAGCAAUGAAAGCAUGGAGUCCUACUCUUGGUUGUUUAAAGCGUUUCUUAAAACUCAUAAGAAAGAACCAACACUUGUUUCAACCGAUCAAGAUACAUCAAUAAAACAAGCUAUUGAGAAUGUUUUUGCUAAUUCAAAGCACCGAUUAUGUAUGUGGCAUAUAAUGAAGAAGUUCAAAAAUAAGAUAUCAGAUGAUUUUUUAACGAACACAGACUUUAGAAAAAGAUUCUCGAAGCUUGUUUGGGACGUUAAUAUGAAACCUGAUGUAUUUGAGGUGAAAUGGGGUUUGCUUAUGAAGGAAUUCAAUCUGGAAGACACGAGAUGGUUUAAAGACAUGUUUACAAAACAUCAUUCAUGGAUACCUGGAUAUUUUAAUGAUAUUGCAAUGUGUGGGUUAAUGAAGACUGUGUCGAGGUCAGAGAGUAUGAAUUCAUUCUUUAAUACGUACUCAGAAAGUGGUAAUUCACUUUUACUUUACGUGCAAUGCUAG